CAACCUAAGCAUUACGACACUUAUAUUCGAUAAACUACGCCACAUGUAGUAAAUAAGCCAUUCUAUGUUUUGUUAACCAAAUUCGACACACUGCUGGAAAAGACAGAUUUUGGGUCGUUAUCUCUCUCUCUCGCUUCGCCUCUUCCUCUCCGCUUGUGCUUGCCAGAGAGGAAGUCGUCAUCUUUGUGCGUGCUCGAAACAAAACCAGGCGCAAAACACUAGCGACGCUGACGCACCUUGCAUUGGCUGAAGAGAGGAAAGCAGUUGUUGUUGUACUUAAGAAAAUCGUAAUUCGUUAGGAAGAGGAUCAUGUCUAUUUGUUUGCUGAUCAGCAAAAAUGGAAGGCAUAAACCGAUUCAUCUACCUCACCUACAGACAGUUGUCUUGGGUCGGAGUCCAGAAACAACGAUAAAAGACAAAAAAUGUUCCAGGGAGCAAGUUGAGCUCAAGGCUGACUGCAACAAAGGGUAUAUCAGUGUAAAACAACUGGGUGUCAACCCCACUAGUGUGGACUCUGAGGUGGUGGGCAAAGGCAACCAAGUGGAGAUGAGAUCUGGCCAGCAGCUGCACAUGGUCAAUGAGCUGUACCCUUAUACUGUGUGCUUCAAAGAGGAUCCAUCCAACUCUCAGUCCAGUGUGGGCACCAAGAGGCCCUGUGGGCCUGCCUCAGAGGAGCGGGAGUUUCACAGAGAGCCCCCCGGGCAUAAAGUACCAAGGAAAACAGAGGACUCCACUCAGUGCAAGCAUGGAGGGUCCACCUCCACUAACACACAGCCUGAACCUCAAACAACAGAGAAAACAGAAACUUUAGGAUAUUGGAGCCAAGGAUUGAAAGCCUCAAUGCAAGACCCCAAAAUGCAGGUCUACAAGGAUGACAGAGUAGUUGUUAUCAUGGACAAGUACCCCAAGGCUCACUACCACUGGCUGGUCCUGCCCUGGGAGUCCAUCCCCAGUCUGAAGACACUGCACAGGGGGCACUGUGAUCUGUUGAGGCACAUGAACCAGGUAGCAGACAGGAUUGUACAACAGCAGUGCCCCGAUGCUGGCUUGUUACACUUCCGCCAGGGCUACCACGCCAUCCCCAGUAUGAGCCAUGUCCAUCUACACGUGAUCAGCCAGGACUUUGACUCCCCUUGUUUAAAGAACAAGAAACACUGGAAUUCAUUCACAACCGACUAUUUCAUAGAAUCUCAAGAAGUCAUCCAGAUGCUGGAAAAGGAUGGGAAGGUCACGGUAAAAGAAGGGACAAAUGAGUUGUUGAAACGACCUCUCUGCUGUCACGUGUGUGGCAUGGCGCUGUCCACCAUACCACAACUUAAGGAGCACCUGAAAUCUCACCCCUAUGGUAGAUUGUGAAACCAUGCAACAACAAAAAACAAGUUUGGGGUUAUGAUGCUCGUGAGGCAAUUGUAGAAGAAGGAAAAAAAUUCUAUGGAACCACACUGUCAAUUUUAUUGCUGCAAAUGCUCAUAAUAGACAUAAGUCGGUUCACAACCAAUUGUCAUUUACUUUAAUACAGCUCACAAACCUGUUAAAAUAGUGUGCAGCAAGUAUGUUUUUUUUUUUUUGUACAAAUAAGUCUCGAGUGCAUGUCUGAAUAUAAAGCUUGGGGAACAUUUGUUUAUAGCUUUGUUAUAGUUGCAAAAGUUUGACAAAAAAUAAAAUCUUAACUUGGCCUUAAAGUGGCACAGAAAAUGUGUUAUUUAUAUCCUGUCUUUAAUCAUAUGUGAAAAUCCUAUUAGAUCCUAUUAAUGUUUUGGGAUCCAAUGAUUCUAUUUGGGAUCCAAUAUUGGUGUUGAUGAUCAGAGGGUCAUAAUGUAGACUUGCUUGGAAUUAAAUCCAUUUGGAGAUGUUGUUCAAUAGAUACACAGAAUAAUAAAUCAUUCAAAAAGGACAAAGGGAGGGUGCAACAGCAAGUGUAAAACUAAUUUUAAUUCUGCACAUGUAACAGCACACAUAGGGGUCUCCAGGGGCGCUUUUGCCGCUUUGUGCGUUCAUUCGCUAAGGCCAUUCUGAGUAACAAAAAUAAAACUCCAGAAACACAUACAUGUAUGCACACAUCAAAGACAUUGGAAGAGGAAGGGAUUCAUCAGGGAUUCAACCAUACACUUUUACCAGGGCACUUAAAAGUAAAUGAAUGAAAAGAAAACAAAGACAAGAAUACAGCACAGCAAUUCUCUGAAUGGGAGACCAACGUUUCAGGCUUGGACAGGCUUAUGGGCCAACAUAAUCAUUGAAUGAGACCGACUGUCAUUUAGUGGUCCAAUCUAAAUUCAAGGGUGGAACAUAGUACACUUGUGAAUGACAUCUCAUCAAACUAGUUUGAUCAACUACAACAAGAGAACUGUAAAACAGUACAAUAGAUAUAAUU